GAACAGAGUUCCUCAUUCAUGUAGAGAAGCCCUGCAGAAUAAGAUUUUGGAUGUGUCUUUUCCUGUACCAAUGGAAGCCACAGCAGAAAUCACUUGCCAUUCUCUCUUCCUCUCCUCUUCUUUCGCUUAUUUUAGUGCAGUCAUUUCUUUCAGGAAUUAUGAGAUUCCUAUAAAUAUGUAUAAGUUCUAAGCAAUGACAGGUUCACAGGGAAGACACGAAGAGUCAUAGCAUAAAACAUAAUAAUCGCCUAGGAGGGACUGAUGAGUACGGAAUGUUAUUAACAACAGAGGGCACAGGAAAACCACAACUGCUCUUGCCAGCUCACAGGUGGAAUGAGGAAGUCCUCUCCAGAUGUGCACCUUCAUUGGGUGCUGUAUAACUAGACCAGGAGACCUACUUAUUAUUUGCAGUGCUCCUUGGCUCCAGCAGUCAUGAAUUUCUGGGAGACGGUGCUUUCUGCUUUCCUCGCCUCCCUUUUGGCCAUCAUUCUUGGUGGCCUUCACACAAUAGGAGCAUUUCGCAGGCGGAGACCCAAAGAACCACCACUGGACAAAGGCUUCAUUCCCUGGCUCGGAUAUGCAAUACAAUUCAGGAAGAGCCCUGCGGAGUUUUUGGAAAGGAUGCGGAAGAAACAUGGAGACAUUUUCACCGUCUUGGUUGGUGGCAAUUAUAUAAAUUUUGUGGCAGAUCCACAUACGCACGAACCCUUAAUGAAGGAACCCAAAGAAAAACUGGAUUUUGAACAAUUUUCGUCAACGGUGGUUCAUAACGCAUUUGGUUUCCAGCCCACACAAGUUCAUCAUCAGGCUGUGCAAACAAUUAGCAAGAAGUUUCUGAAUGGGCAGCAUCUAAACGAACUGAACCAAGUGAUGAUGGAAAAAUUGCAAAUUUCAAUGCUUAAAGGCCAUGGCCCAGGGAAUGGAGAAAAAACUUGGCACCAAGCUGGACUCUUCCAUUUCAGCUACAAAACUAUUUUUCAAGCAGGUUUUCUUUCUCUAUUCGGCACCAAGUCAGACAAAGAAAGAGGAAGCAAAGAAAAUUCAGUAGAAACCAAUCUAGCACAAUGUGCAGAGACAUUUGAAAUCUUUCAUAAAUUUGACCAUUAUUUCCCGCAACUUGCUGUCAAACUGCUGGAUCCUGCAGGAAAGAUAGAGACACAGAAAUUACAGAGCGUCUUGUGGGACAUCCUUUCAGUAGAUAAGCUGUAUCAGAGGGAUGACAUCAACAGUUGGGUGGUUGAAAACGAUCGGGAGAUGGUUAACAUUGGAAUGACGGAAAAGAUGCGGACUCAGUUCCUGCUUCUGCUUCUCUGGGCGUCUCAAGCUAACACUGGUCCAGCAACGUUCUGGAUUAUUUUGUUCCUCUUAAAACACCCAGAAGCAAUGAAGGCAGUGAGGGAAGAAUUGGACAGAGUCCUCAAGGAGACGGGCCAGGAGGUGAAGCCAGGAAACCCCUUCCUCAGUUUGUCCUUGGAUAAAAUAAAGACCCCUCUUCUGGACAGCGCGAUACAGGAAACGCUGCGCUUGAAAGGAAGUGUUUUCAUAAUCAGAGGUGUCAUGGAAGACAUAGAUAUCAAGAUGGGAGAUGGCAAAGAAUAUACAUUACGGAAGGGGGAUACUCUGUUCCUUUUUCCCUACAUUGGAUUGCAUAUGGAUCCAGAAAUCUACCCUGAGCCUCAGACGUUCAAAUACGACAGAUUCAUCAACCCGGAUGGCACCAAAAAGGAAUUCUAUAAGAACGGGAAGCUGCUGAAACAUUACAUUAUGCCAUUUGGGGGUGGAUCUACCAUGUGCCCCGGGCGCUAUUUUGCUGUCAGUGAAAUGAAGAUGUUUGUGAUCUUGAUGCUUGUCUACUUUGAUAUGGAGCUGGUGAAUGCCGAAGAGGACAUGCCGCCCACAGACGAAAUGCGCUGCGGCUUUGGGGCUGCCAGUCCUUCCCGCGAUAUCCAGUUCAGGUAUCGCCUGAGAUGCUCAGAUUAAAGAAAUUUAAAGUUGGUAAUAUUUUGCAUCUCUUUAUUCUGAUCUCAGGAUCUCAGAAGGGAAAAGAAAACCUCAUUUU